CCCAUUCAUACCACCGUGACUUGUAACGUGUAGUGACAGACGGGGGAGAUAAGGAUCACUGUACACAACUAGACUUGGGCAAAGUGGAGAUAACAGCAGCUGACAACCGCUUCAAUUGCAAAGAAAAAUAGUAGAGAGUUACUGAAAAAGAUCUCUCUGCAGAGGGUGAAAUAACGGGACGCAACGGAGAACUUGUGAACAGGAUUGCAGAAGGUUUAGUAUACUUAGAAGAAAACAGAAAAUUAGUCGAGCACUUUUAUUAAUUCUUUAGUACUUUUAUUAAUUCUCUUUGUGCUGAAGCAUGGAACGCAAGAUACCUGAUUUCUCUGGAACCUGGAAAAUGAAAAGUUCGGAGAACUUCGAGGAGAUGCUGAAAUCCCUAUGCGUCUGGUACACAGGGGUCAACGUGAUGCUGAGGAAGAUCGCCGUGGCCGCGGCCUCCAAGCCCUUAGUGGAGAUCACCCAGGAUGGGGAGAGUUUCGGUAUCCGCACCAGCACCUCCGUCCGGACCACCCACGUCUCCUUCACUGUGGGCGUGUCCUUCAAUGAGACCACUGUGGAUGGGCGCCCCUGCACGAGUUUCCCCCGCUGGGAGACGGACAGUAAGAUCAGCUGUGAGCAGACCCUGCAGAAGGGAGAGGGCCCGAAGACCUCAUGGACCCGGGAGAUCACCAACGACAGCGAGCUCAUCCUGACAAUGACCGCCGACGACGUGGUCUGCACCCGGGUCUACGUGCGAGAGUAAAGGAUCGGAGCUGCCUUCGCCACCCCCCCCCCCCACACCCCACCCCACCUCUGUCCUGGGUGUCUCCUAAUUGGGAAGUUUCAGUCUGUAACCCCUGGCAGUGUUCCCUACCACCCUCUCGCUCUUUGCUGUUUGGCCCCUCCCUAUGUCUCCUCUCGUCCACCGGCUGUGCUUCUCAUCGCUUCCUUUCAGCAUGCUAACUCCUUCUCUCCCAAGCUUUUAUAUUUAUUUUGCUAGCGUCUGUUACUCCUGCUGUUUUUUGUGUUUCUUUUAUACAAAAUGUGGUGUUCUUUUUGAAAAAAAGGGAAAAAAACAAUAAAAUACAACUCUGACUUCCA